AUGGAAGCCAUCAAAGUCCCAAAGGUCGAGAAUGUUCGUCUUGCCAAACUUUCGCACCAGUUCAGGUCAUCACCUCUUUCUUCUAGCGCUACCCACAACUCCAACGAUUCACCUGGUCUCAAGGGAUCGCUCUUAAUCACCCCCCAUCACUUGAUAUGGACUCAUGACCUGAAUCCGGACCCUGAAAGCAACCAAGCGAAUGCUGGGCCUAGCCAGUCUAACGAGGCCAGCAUUGGUAGUUCUCACAAAGCCGAAGAUGUCUGGAUCGCUCACAGCUUGCUCACAGCCGUUGAACAUCUCCCCCGCCAUCGACAACCGACCCUUCUGAUCCGAUUGGUCACCUUUGUAUUUUAUACUCUUUCGUUCUCGUCUCCCAGUGAGCUGGAUGACGUCUGGGAUUCCCUCAAAGCCUUGAUCUCAAACCGAAAACCUGGCGAAAAGGAGCAAUUGUAUGCCUUCGUCCAAGGUGCCGCCGCCAAAUCCAGUACAUCAUCUACAGACCCCCCGUCGAAUUUACCAGGAUGGGAUUCUUAUGACCCACAUGCGGAAUUCUCCCGGAUGAAAGUGAUUGGCGAAUCCUCAAAAUCCUCUGGAAAUAAUGCCUGGCGGUUAACGACAAUUAACAAGAAUUUUGACGUGCGCCUCAUUCAUUUCUGA